CUCGAGGUUCAAAAUCUCUGAGCUCUCUCGUCGCAGCUGAACUCUCUGUUCACGUCCUCUCUCGCUCUUUGCCUCUUUCUGAACACUAGAAAAGACAGAAAUGCAACUUCUUCAGUCUCCAUCCUCGCUCAAUCUCUCGUUACUCAGCACUGAAUCGUUAUCAAAUCGAGGACUUCUUUCAGCAAAGAAAAUUUUCCAAAUUUCCACUUUUAAUUGUUCUAUUUCAUCUCAAAGGCAUGAAGGGAUUGUACGUCUGCUGCGUAAUCCUUCUACUUCAAGCCCAGUUACCACUAGAGCUACUCCUGCUGAAGCUGGUGCUUCCACAAUACUUAAUAGCAAUGCUGAGAAAGAUGUAUUGACAGCCUUGUCACAGAUCAUUGAUCCAGACUUUGGGACAGAUAUUGUCUCAUGUGGGUUUGUGAAAGAUAUGCACAUCAAUGAAGCCUUGGGAGAGGUUUCUUUUCGGUUGGAGCUUACUACACCAGCAUGUCCAGUCAAGGACAUGUUUGAGCAGAAGGCAAAUGAGGUGGUGGCAAUGCUUCCUUGGGUUAAAAAAGUUAAUGUUACUAUGUCGGCACAACCUGCAAGACCUGUUUUUGCAGGGCAACUCCCAACAGGCUUACAGACUAUUUCCAAUAUCAUUGCAGUUUCAAGUUGCAAGGGAGGAGUGGGGAAAUCAACUGUUGCUGUAAACCUUGCAUAUACUUUGGCUGGGAUGGGUGCUAGAGUUGGCAUCUUUGAUGCUGAUGUCUAUGGGCCAAGCUUACCAACAAUGGUUUCCCCUGAACAUCGGCUCUUAGAAAUGAACCCAGAGACAAGAAGUAUAAUUCCCACAGAAUACUUGGGUGUAAAACUGGUAUCUUUUGGAUUUGCUGGACAAGGGCGUGCAAUAAUGAGAGGUCCAAUGGUUUCUGGGGUCAUCAACCAAUUAUUAACUACUUCUGAGUGGGGAGAACUAGACUAUCUUGUUAUUGAUAUGCCUCCUGGGACUGGAGAUAUCCAACUUACUUUAUGCCAGGUAGUUCCAUUAACUGCUGCUGUGAUUGUUACUACCCCUCAGAAGCUAGCAUUCAUUGAUGUUGCGAAAGGAGUCCGCAUGUUUUCAAAGCUCAAGGUACCAUGUAUUGCUGUUGUUGAAAAUAUGUGCCAUUUUGAUGCUGAUGGGAAACGCUAUUACCCAUUCGGUAGAGGCUCAGGUUCUCAGGUUGUCCAACAAUUUGGAAUCCCUCAUCUGUUUGAUCUUCCAAUCAGACCAACUUUAUCUGCUUCUGGAGAUAUUGGAAUGCCUGAAGUAGUUACUGAUCCUCAAGGUGAAGUUGCUAGGACAUUUCAAGAGCUUGGAGUUUGUGUUGUCCAACAGUGUGCAAAGAUUCGCCAACAAGUAUCAACAGCUGUAAUGUACGACAAAUCUAUCAAGGCAAUCAGGGUGAAAGUACCAGAUUCUGAUGAAGAGUUCCUCUUGCAUCCUGCAACUGUGAGACGAAAUGAUCGGUCUGCCCAAAGUGUUGAUGAGUGGACUGGGGAGCAAAAACUGCAAUAUGCUGAUGUUCCUGAAGAUAUUGAACCAGAAGAUAUCCGGCCUAUGGGAAACUAUGCUGUUUCCAUAACAUGGCCAGAUGGAUUUAGCCAGAUAGCUCCGUAUGAUCAAUUGCAAACCAUAGAGCGUCUGGUUGAUGUUCCCCAACCAGCUCGUGCACAGGCCUGAUAGCUUCAUGUAAAAUUUGGAUGCUGAGAGUGAUCUAAGCCAUAGUACACAAGUGGAAGAAGAAACUAAAGCCGAAGUUAGAUAUGCUUCUGCAUAGGAAUCUUUCAUUCUUAUUGAUUCUUUUUUGUGUACUAAUAUUACAUUCAUCCUAAUUGUGAGUAUUAUAUGUAA